AUGGGAGUCGAUACCCUCACAACAAGUUCCGCAUUUAACCCGAGUUCACAGGAUGCACUCGUUUUCAAGUUUACAAACUUCGUCUGCGAGAGCUACAACAAAUCCUGGUUGGUAUUCCACAAAUGUCGUCUCAAGGCUGUGAGUCGAAACAAAGUGCUGCUCAAUCUAAAUGGAACGGUUCUACAUCCGGUCAACGAUAUAUCAGCUCAUUUUCGGGUUUUCAAAAGAGCAAAUGGCUACAAGCCAUGGCUCUUUGAUGUCAAAUUUGAUGCCUGUCUGUAUUUGAAGAGGCGAAAUCAUCCCGCUGUUAAUAUAGUCUAUUCACUCUUCACCCCGUUUUCCAACAUUAAUCACUCAUGCCCCUACGUGGGGGCAAUGUUAGUCAAGGACUUGUAUCUAAUACCCGAUCUGAUGCGUCUGCCCGUUCCAACGGGGGACUACUUGUUGUCGAUGCAGUGGUACUACGAUAAGAAGCUAACAUUCGAUACCAAUGUUAGUGUUGCAUUCGUAGAGGAUCUAUUGACGAGCUAA